CGUUUUAGCGUUCUCAGAUUUUGUCAAAAAAACAAGGCGCACGCAUCCCAUGUGUUUGUUUUAUUUUAUAACUUAAUUUCUUAAAUCCAGCCUCGUUCCACAAUGAAGAACGUUGAUAAAAAGAGGCACAAGAAGCCUACGAACAAGUCUAAACCUAUACCGAAGCAGAAAGUGUUGAUGGUGGCCCAAGAGCUGAAGUUCGCUCGUCUGCUCGCGGGGAAUGAAAAGAAAUCCCGGGACCGAGUCCUCAAGGCCCUCAAGAAAUGGCUCGGAAACUGUUUCGAAAAGGAAUAUGAGUUCAAAGAGGAGGACUUCACGCGGGUGUGGAAGGGGCUGUUCUACGCCGUGUGGAUGUCCGACAAGCCACUAGUGCAGGAGGAUCUCUGUGAGAGUGUGGCGGCCAUGCUGGACCUGUUCCCGGAGACGCAGACCCGCCCCGCGCUGCUGAUGAUGCGUGCCGGGCUGCGCGUUCUGGCGACGGAGUGGUUCGGCAUCGACCAGCACCGCAUGGACAAGUUUCUUAUGCUGGUGCGUCGUCUGCUCCGUGCCUCACUGCGCGUGGCGGCGCGGCGCGCGUGGGACGAGGCCGUGUGCCGGCAGUACGCCGACAUGCUCGCUAGCAAUGAUGGUCUGUUCGCGCUGCAGACGCCGUUGUACGCGCGCAAUGCUGUGAGCCUGCAGAUGCACAUCUGUGAGUGCUUCAUCGAGGAGCUCGCCAAGGUAUCCUCAGGCUCCAUCCCCGACGCCUCCCUAGUGGCCCUACUAACCCCCUUCGCGCGCUACAUGUCGGCCGGGGCGGAGGCGCGCGUGGCGGCGCACUGCCGGAGACUCUUCAACCAGCUGCUGCGCCAGAGCGAGCUCGGGUUGGAGUAUGAUGAGAGGAGGCGGGCUUGGGAGCGGAUGGGUUGUCCGGAGGGCGGGCCGGACGCGCUGGAGCCCGCGUCUGAUGAUGAUGAUGAUGAGGAGCAGGAACAGACGGAUGACGGGAGCUCAGAUGUGGAUGAUGAUGAUAAACCCCUGGACCCUCGCGCCGGUCGCGUCAACGUGGUCCUGCCUUCACUACCAGUCCCGGCGGCGGCGCUGGCCGAGCUGAUGCGGGGACUGCUGAGGAAGACGGGCACCUCGGCGCACAUGCGGGUCAAGCUGUGUAUGAAGCGUUUCGAGCAGCUAGCCGCCUCCGUCUACCCGCUCAAAGUCCCCGAGCUGCAGCAGCUGCCGUCAGCCCCCGAGCUGCGCACGGCGCCCGCGCGCGUGGCGGCGCGCCAGCUCAGGAACAUGGAGAAGCAGAUGAUGAGCGAUGCCGAUGAUUUGGCGCUUAGAGGUCUGGGUCGCAAGCACCGCAAGCGGCUGCUGGCGCGGCGCCGCGCGGGGCUCAGCAUCGCGGACGACCUGGCUGCCAUACGUGCCGCCGCCGCCAGCGGGACCGACAGCGCGUGGCGGGUGGAGGAGGCCGCGCCGGCGCCGAAGAAAACUAAAACUGAAGACAAUUACGAAGAGUUUCUCAACCGCAAGAAAAAUGACAAAAAACGCAAACAAAAUGAAGAAAGCAACCCCAGCUCACCGCCCAAGAAACAGAAAGUAGACGAAAAGGCCAAGGUCAAGGACAAAACGAGUAAACAUGUCAAAGAAAGUAAAUUAAAAAUAACAGUCAAAGACAAAGCUGAGAAAAAGAAAGAAAUAAGCAAGGAUUCUCCUAAAAGGGCGGAGAAGGUGAAAAUUAUAAUCACGGACAAUCCUAAAAAUAAUAAGUUAGAGAAAAAAGUUGCGAAAGUAAACGGUGAUGUGAAGAUUAAAGAAAAGCCAACACAAAAAGAUGUAACGAAGAAACCUGCAGCAGUAGAGAAAAAAGUAGCAGUCGACCAGAAACUGGACACCAAAAAGGGGCCAUUUGUCGUUGUCAAUAAGCUCAAAAACUUCCAAAAGCAGAUAUCUCCGAAAAGCGAGAAAAACCUAGACAAAAGGGCAAAAUUGAGCGCGAAAUCGCCAGACAAAAACACCAGCUAUUCCACGCCUAAGAAGGUUAAGUUUGUGUUGAAAAAUAACUCUAUGCAGGAGACCAUAGAUUACUACAAAAGUGUGCGACAGAGUCCCAACAUCCCGUAUGAUGGCAGCAAGAAGCCGAGCAAGACCAACCUCAAACCGAACUCCACCCCGUCACCUAUAAACCCGUUUUUCAAAAAGAAGUUACGGCUGAAAUGCUAAACCGAUUUUGAAAUUUUACGUUAAUUGCUCAGUGUUAGAUAUACAAGUAUUUAAAUAGUACUAAUGUCUUUAAGUUAUAAUGGUUAAAAUCGUGAAGUUUUGUUAGGUAAGUUACCUAAGACCCAACAUUAACUAUUAUUUGUUAAGAAAACAAUGAAUGUUUAAGUUUAAUAAACUUUGUUGACAACAAAGACAGGAAUGACGACCGAUGUUUUUCGUUUUACACGUUAUGUAUAGGUAAUAUGGGAAGUACAUAAAUGAAAUAAAUGUUUUAUGACUUAAA